UUGAAUGAGGGGUUGCCCUUCACAAACAUGUCUUCCAUAGAUGCACUGGACGAGGAGCAGACAGCCAAUCGGAUGAGUGUUUGAAUCAAGGUCAAGUGAAAGAUGCUCAAUAGGACCGCGCCACCUUGGAAUAAUGCUGAAGCCUCUUGCCAGGAGAUGCGCGGAUACGGAAAGCUAAUUUUCACUGGAAGGUGUAGAAUCAUCCACUAACCGGUUUUCUGUCAGUGAUGUAGGGAAGGUGGAUUCUCUUGGUGUAAAAUACCUAGCAGGACCUGUGUGAUAUGACCCUGACAAGAGGAUCCUUCACCUAUUCCAACGGUGAAGAGUACCAUGGGGAGUGGAGGGAAGGUCUGAGACAUGGUCUAGGCCAGCUGACUUUAAGUGACGGGACGUGUUACACGGGUCAGUUCGAGAACGGACUCUUCAACGGCUGUGGGAUGCUGGUCUUCCCUGAUGGAUCCAGGUACGAAGGAGACUUCAUUCAGGGGAAGUUCCAAGGCGCAGGCGUCUUCAGUCGUUUCGACGGGAUGAAGUUCGAGGGAGAGUUCAAGAGUGGAUGUGUGCAGGGAUACGGUAUGCUGACGUUCGCUGACGGAGGUCCGGAAAGAGGGGGAGGAGGAGGAGGAGGAAGAGGAGGAGGAAGAGGAGGGACGAGCCACGAGGGUCUGUUUGAGAGAGGCCAGCUGGUGGGCAGAGAGGGGUGCCAGGGCACGGUGCAGCGGGCACAGGGGGCAGCCGCCAAGGCACGGGCGCUCUCCAUGUGACCUGCAGCUAGGGUGCGCUACUCAGGGAGCAAUUCACUUUCAUACUCACACCCUUCUUUUUCUUCAUUCAUUUCAUUCUGUUCUCUGUCUUUACGGCUGUACUCCUCUGUACACAGUGUACAAAACAUUAAGAACACCUUUGCUCUCAGAACAGCCUCAGUUCUUCGGGGGCCUGGACUCUACAAAGUGUCGAAAGCGUUCCACAGGGAUGCUGGCCCAUGUUGAUUCCAAAUGUAAAGACCAGAUUAAAUUGAGAAUAGUCUGAUGGGUGAGAAUAUUAUCCAGCGCUUGUCAAAUAGUGAAUGAGAGACUGAUGAAGUGUGUGCAGCCUGCGUAAGAAACACAGCAGAGUGAUUCCCUUUCAUUCAGCUUUUUCCAAAUCAUCAUUUGUCGCAUCAUACGGCCUUAGAAUGUAUUCAAAUUCUAAACAUAUAGCCCAACGUUUGUAUCACAGCUAAAGUUGCAUAAAUAAAUAAAUGAAGCAUAUAGGAAGACCUGUUCCUUUGUUAACCGCUCAACACAGAAUAGCCGUAUGGGCGCAGUCCCUCGGAAAUCGUUUGGAAAAAAUAUCCUUUCUAUUUUAUUUAGCUUUGUUCAAUUGUAUUGUUCUUCAUGUAAAAUAAUACAAAAUAAUGCCACGGGAAUUAUAAACUAAUCCAGUCUGCUAAAUGAACUAGUGUCGCCCACAGCCAUAUGGCAUAGACAGAUCAGAGCCUUAUCAUAAGGAGAACACUUCACCUAAAAUAGGCAACAUUUUCUUCAUGUCAACAUGUUUCUUUAGACCUGCCUAAAAUGAAUAAUAGAUUUAUUGUGAUGGUGUAGGCUAUAUUACGUGGAUGGAUUAGACUUUUAUAAAUGUAGAUUUUCCAAAAGGUCCGCAUCAGUGGCUUGUGGGCUGUGCAUUGAAGCCGGAGAUGCUAAACAUGUUUAUGCUAAUCAGCGGUCAAUUACCGUGAGAUCGGCAGUUAUCUGCAUGACAAUCACCAGCUGACGAAAUGUGAUGACCGCCACAGCCCUAUGUACACUCAGUGUAUAUUCCCUUCUGUUGUUUCUCUCUCUUUUCUUUCUUUAUCUUGAUCUGUGUUUUUUUUCUCACCCCUCUUUGUAUCCACAUCCUCCUCUAUCCAUGUCUUUCCAUUCCUCUCUACGUCUAUCAUGUGUUUUCCCCUCUGGUUGUGCCUGCUUGGUGCGCUACAUGUCAUUAGACUUUACCCUCCACAUCACAGUCAACCAACGAGCUACUGAAUCUGAUCCAGGAUCUGCUGAGCCAAAACCCACACCUCCUCCUCGUUCCUAACCAUUCAUUCAACAUACGGUGCUACCUACCUACUGCUAAAUAUGUUCCCAGAUCAGCUCUAACCGACAUCAACCGCAACUACUCAGGAGUUGAAACUAGUGUCCAAGCAGGCAGAGACCCUAUUUGGAUCUGUCACAUUUCCACCACGGGGUUUUACACCGGUGCUUGGCCUAAAGACUCAGACUUUACACCGAUGUCCCUGUGGAAAAGCAGCAUAAGAGGCCAGAGACUCAGUAUUAAGAGGCCAGAGGCUCAGUAUUAAAGGCCAGAAUUAGAAUAAUUCAUACUCUGUGCCACAUAACAUGGCUCAAUCUGUUCUGGGGUCAGCUGACUGAAACGCCAUUACCUUAAUGCCAACCAACCAUACUGUGCCAAGAGACUGGAGCAGGACCUGGAGCUGAUUCCAGAUCAGUGGAUCUCAAUAGAUGCCUCACUAGGGACUGGAGUAUUCCCCUGGUAGCAAGCAGGACAGAAGAUUUUCCCUGAUCAUAUGAUCUGCCCAGGACACAAUCUCCAGGCUUUAAUUAUUGUUGUCUAAGUCCCUACUGCUCCGGUCACAUGAUUAGGGAAAGCUCCUGUCCCUGGUUAUAGCUACUGUGUUGGGAGGUUGGGAAGGACUAUUGAUGUGUAGGUAGUGAUGAUGGUAGGGGGUAUUUUCAUUGGGUGUUAAGGGAUGGUGGCCAUGUUGGGACAAAUGACAAGUAUGUCUGCAUUAAGAUGACACUAGUGCAAUUUGAUAAAGAUAUUUAGAAAUGUAUCUUUGGGGGUUCAAUCGUCCUUAAAUAAGGGUUUAGAUACAUAGAGGAGAAUACUAAACUACUGCUGUGUCUGUCAUAGGGUUAUGGGCCCUGGUCAAAUGUAGUGCACUAUAUAGGGAAUAGGGUGCCAUGGGGAUAAAGUCGGACAGUGGAGCACAAGUUUUGAUUUGUCAACAACUUCAUCACACAGAAGAAAACCACCAUUACAAGAACACACAGAUGAACUUCCUGUAUAGCUGUUCCCUUCCUGUAUCUGACAAAUAUGUCAUCUAUUUUUUACGAUAAAUAAGAUUAAAUGUUUAAUGUCAGUAUGUGUUUUUACAGAAAAAAAGUUUUGAACUAACUAACCUCAAGUUUUGUGAACAGUCGUGCUAGUGACUAACACACAUUUCACACGUGGUUUGAUGAUGUGACAUUGUGCCUGAUAAGGGAGAGUUGUCUGUGUGUAUAUGUAGUGUGCAGGGGGAGGGGGCAUUAGGGGAGAGUUGUCUGUGUGUAUAUGU